AUGUCUGUACGGCCCUGUGUGGCGCUUGUUCGAUGGACCCCCUCCCACCCUGACCAGAUGGAGCAGGACCUUGCUGAAGCUGCUGCCCGGGCCCAAACUGAUGGUCAACCACCCUGUCUCUUUGUUGGACAGAAUCAGCUGGCCCCGUACGCCCACUCCCCUCAGUCACGGCGACUGCUUGCUCAACCAGGAAGGAAUGUGGAGUUUGUUCUCGGACGAAUCUUCCCCUACCAGAUUAACAUGCACCGCCAGUCGUACAUCAAUGCAAUUCUGAUCCAGUCACGCGGGAGAACUUUGCACUGGAGCAGUAUCUGCAACAGAUGCACAGAGAUGGAGCCCAUGGCCCCAUUCCCAUUGUGCCGCCGUGCGUACGGUCACUUUGGAGGCGCAUGCGGGAACUGCAAAUGGCCAGACUAUGCAUCCCGCUGCUCUCUGCAUGGCAGGCCAGAAUCUGCAGUGAGGUAUGAUGACAGAGGACCGAGUUCGUACAGAGCUGCUGGCCACCCACACACACCAGGCAGCAGGGCCAGCCUGGGACUGUCUCCUGCCCGCCCAAUUCUUCUCCUUGAGAGUGGGACAGCAAAUGAUCCCAUCCAUGUUGAAACCAAUUCCCCCCCGCCCCGCUCUGGAGAUCCGCCGUCGGUCUUCCCGUACGAGAUUGAGGAGCCUGAGGAGCCAGAGGAUGGCUCUCAGAGCAAUCCUAUCACCUUAAACUAG